GCUGCGGUCCAAUCUGAAGGGAGCUGCCCAACUAGGCAGCAUUUUCAGGCAGCAUAGGCGCGCUCCCGAGAAAAGGACUGUCCCAUUCGGAAGGUAGCAUGUGCUGCCUACCUGGGCAGCUGCCUUAUUUUACCCCGAUUCUGAAGGCAGCGUGAGAUGUAUCCUUCACGGCGAAGGCAAUCCCAUGAUGCAUUUCACCAGCUCAGAGUUCCACCGCUCAGUUCGAAAAAAUGGCGGACGGAGACGGGACUGGGGCAGAGUUUCUCUACAAAUGGACAAAAGUGAGUACAGAAGCCUUUAUAAAGGCUCGGGCAGAGGAAGAGGCUCUCUUCACUGGAGAGAAAAACUCUGCCAUGAGUGGAUGGAGGACUGUGCUGCAAAAAAUCGGCCUGGAGGGCAAAGUGGCCCCUCAGCAGGCCAGAAAAAAGUGGGAUAACCUCAAAAAAAAAUACAAAUGGCCGCUUAUAUGGUGUGAUGAGAGCCAGGGGCCUCUGAAGACAUGGAUACCCCCCAUCUCCCAGCAGGAAAGUGCCAGUCGGAGGGUAGACUGCAGUGCGAUAAAGGGGGCUGUGUUUCAAGACCCUAGAGUCGUGUACAGAACCAGGAAAUCCAAUAUACACAUCAUGGAAUCUGGCCCGGUGGUCACACACAGCCUGGAGAUGGAUGGAUGUAAAAAGUUUCCGAUUUCGGUAGCAUCCAGUGUCUGGCUCCUCCGGGGCUUUAAUACGUAUGUGGCACCCGUCUAUAGCUCCCCUUGCUUUUCUCAAGGCAGGAUUUUGAGAGAGCCUUUCAAAGCCCUGUCCAAUUUCUUGCUGCUCUUCUGCAGUUGCUGGCACACAGAUGACCCUGCUCAAGAUGCCCAUCAGCUCCUCUGAGACUCGGUGGACAAUUCUGCAGACAGUGGUCUUGGGGAUGCUGAACGCCCUGGACACCACCCGAUAUGAAGCUCCACUUGCAAGCCAAAACAGAAAUACCAGCACUUCAAUUGUGGGUCCCCACCCAUGAUGGCGUUCCUGAGAGAGCAUUCUGAGCAAAAUGGCCAGUGACUCCCGUUUCAACCGAAACGGUUGAGUGUCUUCCUCAGUGUGAAAAUAGAGGUUGAGCAGAGGAAUCGACUCAUUCACGGAGCAGUAGCGAGUUCCUUGGUAUUCAUUCUGGGGUGGAGAAGUAAAGUUAAAAUUAUGUUUAUAACAUGACUGGGCAUGGUAUAAAUGUAUUAAUAUAAUUUGCAUAUAAUUUGUAAUUUUCAGGUAAGUAUUGUUUCAGUGAAAGCUAAAU